AUGUUGUGUGCGGUGGUCAUUUUGUCGUUAGUUCUGUGCUCACAAGCAAGAGAUCUGAAUCUCGAAUUUGAAACGAUAGCAGCCGUCCCGCUUCCGCUGAGCUCCGGAUCUGAUACUCGCAUUAUUGGGGGCUCGCCUACCACCAUCGAAACAUAUCCCUACACAGUUCAGAUUUUAUACAACGGUCAAUUGUCGUGCGGAGGCUCACUGAUCACCAAGAGGCAUGUGCUGAGCGCGGGACACUGCUUUAUAGACACUAACGGCAACGUGGCCAGUCCCACAUUGUUCAGCAUUCGCUCCGGAAGCAGUGUUCUAUACUCUGGGGGAAGUAUUCACUCCGUGUCUAUGAUCAUCGUCCACGAGCGGUACAACGUCCCGAUCAGAGACAACGAUAUCGCUGUACUGGUAUUGUCUUCUCCUGUGACCCUGAGCGCGAGCGUGGCGCAAGCUCGUAUACCGGUGCAGUGGGCGGAAGUACCUGAUAAUUCCUCGGUUAUUCACGUGGGUUGGGGCAGGACUAAUGUGAACGUAGCUCAAGCUUCUUCAGUCCUCAACGAGGUUGAGGUCCGGAUAGUCAACAGGGAUGUCUGCCGGACUCGGUACGAGUUUCUGGAGAGCGUGACCGGGGAUCCCUUCCCAGUCACCGUAAACAUGAUUUGCGCGGGACUGCUCGAUAUCGGAGGCAAGGACGCCUGUCAAGGUGACAGCGGCGGUCCCCUGAUAUACAACAACAUCGUGGUGGGGCUGACCUCCUGGGGCUACGGGUGUGCGGAGCCCAUGUUCCCGGGCGUCAGCGCCAGAGUCUCAAGCUACACUAACUGGAUUAACAAUACGGUGACGCGGUAUAGCGGCGGAGCUGCGCUGGCGGGCGGGGGCUCCGCGACGCUCCUGGCGGCGAUAUUGUCUUUAAUUAUUGUGACCACAUAUCAUUAG